AUGGCGCCAACCACGCUCAAUACCUUUCUCGUUCGUACUCCUCCCUCUACGAGAUCGGUUGCCCUCUAUGGUUCCUGGGACAACUUCUCCACUCCUUACCCCAUGCAACGAGAUUCACGCACGGGCCAGGAGCACUGGUCAGGCUGUCAUAGCUUUUCCAACAUCAUCUGUGAUGGAGACCCGCAGCCAGCUGGUGUACCCAGAGACGGUGGACUCAAAAUGGGCGGUACUUACUGGUACUAUUACAAGCUUGACGACGAUAUUGAGUUCCACAAUUCGGCUGAACCAUCGACAGCUUCCUGUCCCAUGCUUCCUGGACAGCUGGUUAACGUGUUGAAUGUUCCAUUUGCGUUGAGCAGUAGCCGCUCCAGAAACGACAGUGUCAGCUCUACUGGCUCUGAGUACCGAACCAUGAACCCAACAGACAAGUUUAUGAACCCUCGCCCAGUCCCAGCAAAACCAUCGCUGCCGCGUCUGAAGACAUCUCCGACGCUAUCCCAGCAGACAUGGUCUACAGGAAGCUCACCGACCAGUGCAGGCUCUCGAAGAGGAAGAUCCGCCUCUUCUCGAGGUCCUUCGCAACCGGGAAGUGCCAACACAUUGAGGAUCAUACGACUUGCAAGGAAGCCGUCUAUGGAUGUACCCAGUCGUUCUAACUCACGAGGAAGCAAUCGGUCGGUCGGUAUUAUAGGUGCUUUCAAAGCACUGGCAUCACCUAGGUCCACCAGUCCUGAAACCUCUAUCGAACGUGGUCGAUCAAAGUCAUCGAAUCAGGAUGUGCCUGUCACUCAUGCUCGUGGAUCUUCUGGCCACAGUGGUCUUUCCAAGAAGACCGUACUCUCACGGACUCCACCAAUUCCAGAAGUUACCGAGCUCUCACCGACCGGGCCGGCUCGAGAACUUGUUUUACGACGAGAGUUUGACGAGACAAUUGAUGGAAACCUUGGGCUUGCAAUCACGUCCUUCCAACAGCACCGAAGGCAACGGUCCUUGUCUCGUGAACCAUCAUCAUUGCGCAAUUCGCUCCUCCUCGAUGAAGUUUCGGGCCAGAAGUCUUCUGAAAUCCCGAGCACUGCAUACAAACCAAUGGAGACACUCAAAGAGAUCGCUUCAACAGCCAACACUCCACUCUGGCCACUCACAGCUAUUAAGAUUGAGGGUGAAAAUCUGGUAGACGAUGGUAAAAAUGGUCUCGAUCUUGAGAAAAGGCUUCCAACACUGCCCAAUAGCCCUUCGUCAGCAUAUCCGCCUAGCAGCAUCGCGGGUGACUCUCCCAGGCAGCGAUUUGAAGAAGAGCUUGCAAAUAUCCAAAGCCAUUUCUCGGCUACCACCAUUGACACCGAGUCGUAUACCAACAGUUACAUUAACAACAACCAAAGUCGCUUUUCGGACUGGACUUCUAGCACAACGAGAUUUUCACCCACAUCAGAUUAUGCCGCGAGCGUCACUGAUCUCGAGCCAAUGAGUCCUUCAGUUGAGCUGGAUCACACUAUGAAAGAAGUGAAUCCGGUCUUUGUAGCAGGGAAAAAUGAGCAGAAGAUCGACUCGGAAGCCAGAGGAUAUACUGCACCAACAGCAGAUGCGUUGUCCUCAGCUUUUAGCUUCUCCACCAUUAGCUCAAUUGCUUCCUCUGCAGGCCCCAGCUCGCAUACUGACCUCGAUAGUGCCAAAGAUGCAGAUUUUUCUUGGUCCAAGUUCCAGCACUACAGCUUGCCCACAGAUGAAAGCGAGUCUAACGCCACCUUUAAACAAGCUGCCUCGCCCAAGAAUGUGUCUCCCCUUGUUCUUGAGGCUGCAGACCGCGACCAGGGCUUCCAGCCUCCGUUGGCGUCUUUCAAUGGCUCAACUAUGCCACAUUCAACUAGUAUGCAACAACUUCUUGAUGAGUUGAGCUAUCUAGGGGAUAUGAUCCAACACACUUAG